AGUGGAAGCCGAAGCCCAAAUGAGGGUGCAGACUGAUGAAAAAACAAGUGCUCAUUUGUUCCUUUGAUUUCUCACCUCUGGCUCCACAAUGUACCUCUUUGGCUAUUUUUUAGCACUGGUUUUCAAGAAAGGCCUGGAGGAAGCAGAAUAAGCCGGAUGUGGUCAGCUGCACAUUGGGGAUUGAAACCAUGCCUUUGGUGUGGCCAAGUGGGGUCAGGAGCCUAUCGCUUGAAAAGUGCGCUUGGCUGGAAGUGCGAACACGGUGCUGAUUGGCAGGAGGAAGGGGAGGUGAUGCAGUUCCUGCCAUAGUCUCUGCUGUCGGAGCUUCUUGCAGAUGAGCUGGACAGCCUUGGCUCUGUCUAGAAGGGAAGCAAGGCGGCUGAGGACCAGAGGAGCAGCCUUGGAGGCCUCAAGGCAUUUUGGCUGAGGAUGGGUUCCAUGGCUUUGAUUGCAGGUUUGGACAUCCCUCCUCAAUUUUUCACGACUGUCUUUCUCUCCUCCUACAUCCCAUUACUAUCUCACUACUCUCCUCCUAUGUCUUUUCCUUAGAAUCUCUAUAUAGAACAGGAAUAGGUUCUCUCUCGAGGGCUUGGAACUACUUCAAGACUACUACGUCCUGCUUGCAGCCAUUUAGAUGAACUAGAAGUAACACUCUGCCGUUCUUAGUUGUUCCUGUGGGGAUUGUGUCCGGCUGUGAUUGCAAGUCCUCCUGUCAAUUUCUGGAGACUCCAUGGAUUUUGUAGGAUUUUCUUAGGCAAGGAAUCCUCAGAGGUGGUUUUGCCCGAAAAUAGAGACUACGUACCUGGUGUCUUCCAUCCUUCCGAAGCUCUUUCUGUCAUUUUGCUUGUCUUUAUUGAUAUCUCUCCCGCCUUUUGUCCCCUUUGUUUGCAUUAACCCAGUGGAGUGUGGAAGCUGACCAACUCCUUUCUUUCUUUCCCCCCCGCUUUCAGCAGCAUUUGCAGUUCUUUAUUUACUGGAUCCCUUUGCAGGUAAGAAUAAGGAAUGGAUGCCAUUAUCCCAUUUGAGGGGUGUGAGACCUCAGGAGGGUUUGGCCCUGAGUCUUGGGGACUUCUUUGGGCCUUUAAUUGAUGGGAAGGAGUCCCUGGGUGAGGCCACUGCUUUGAAAGGUACAAAUAGAUAUACUUUCCUCAAUACUUAGGUAUUUCUUUUUUGUUGAGGUCAGAAGGAGAGGACCAAAGGACAUCUCUUUCCCUUUUUCAGGUUCACAGGGAGAAGCAUCUCUUCCAGCCCCAACACUCUCCUUGUUCACCCCGUACAGCACAUUUUCAAAUGAGGAGUGGAUCUUUUUGGACUGCAAACCUCCAGCAGGACAGACAGGAUCGUGGUUCUCCUUCUCUCGAAUGAACAGAUCAAAUCAAUGGACUAUAUACAAGGAACAGAUAAGAAAAUCUUUGGAAAUCCCCGCAACAGACCUGGAAUCAAAGGAAACCUUUAUUUGCUUUUACAAAACCAAGAUAACAAAGGAAGAAGUUUUCAGUCUCCAAGGAGUAACAGCAUAGUCAUCUCCAUUAUAAAUCCUUCCCCGACUCCAGAGCUGAAGGUGGAUCCUCCAUCUGGAGUGAUACUUUGGGGGGACACUCUGCUGAUCACUUGUUCAUCCAAUGGGAACCACAUGGAGAAAAGCUUCCAUUUCUACAAGGAUGGAACUGAGCUUGCAGCCACCAACCAGGAGUCUCUGAAGUGCUCCAAAGGGCCCGGAGGUGCCCCUUCCAACGACUCUCUGAGUAUCUGCCUCCAGGCGCAGCCCAACCACACCGGGGAAUAUACCUGCAGGUAUGAAGAAAGCAUGAGCGGCAGGUGGACCAUGUCGCCCUGGAGCCAGAAGGUCAACGUCACAGUUUCCAGUAUGAUCCAAAAUUCAUACAUACCAUGGUGGGCUGUUCGAUUCCUGAUCUUGCUGAUGAUUCCCUUCCUUUUCUGCUUCAUGAGAAAGGUCAAUGAACCAUCAAAAGAAGACCAGGAAGAACUGGAGUCAGGAGAAAGGGAGAGCAUACCACUCCAGAGCCGUGGUUCCCAAACUUUUCCAAUCACGGAACCCUCCAGAAGGCUCCCCCCACCCCCCGCCCCACAGACCCCUAACCGUGUUUCUGAUCUUCCUGCAGAACCUUAACUGUGUCCCUACGUGUUGUUGUGAGGCUACAAAGCUCUUCCUUCUUUCAUGUACUGCUAUUUCCUCUAUGUUUUGUAUCAUGUUGGUUUGGAAAUAAAAGGGAUUCAAAUUCUGUUUUUAAAGCAGAGGUACAUUGAAUUUCAGUAAGAUCUUUAUACUCUAGCACAGACUUUUAAAAAGAUUUUUUUAAAAAGAUUUUUUAAUGGAACUCCUAUGACAUUUUCAACAUCCAUCCCAAAGGCAUCCUUGUAAAUGCACAUUUACAGAGAUUUGUGUUGGGGACCAAAUUGCUUUGUCUCUCUCUGCUCUGAUUGGGCCUUUAUAUCAGAUUUUAUCCUUGCUUGUGGACGUCAAAGCCACAAACUCUCUGCCCCGGACUGUGGUGGAGGCUCCUUCUUUGGAGGCUUUUAAGCAGAGGCUGGAUGGCCAUCUAUCAGGGAUGCUUUGAAUGCGAUUUCCUGUUUCUUAGCAGGGGUUGGACUAGAUGGCCCAUGAGGUCUCUUCCAACUCUACUAUUCAAUGAUUCUAUGAUUCUACAUGUACCACGCUUUGAGAAUCCCCCAAGGUGACUUUUUAAUUCCUACUGGUUUCCACAGUUUCAUUUACCUGCAUUUGACAUCAUCUCACUGUUCGGGGAUUUUUAAUACCUUCUAGGCAAUUCUGUGGUAUGCUUUUGUCAGCAGAUAUUGUUCUGGAAAACCUAGAAAAUCCCUAGAGAUGACACUUUUUCAUUUCAAAGUUGUUCUCUUCCUGUGCCUUUUUCAGCCUCUGAGUUUUAUUUCCAUUUUCGGUGUUGCACUGCUUUGCUCUCGUCCUCAAGAGUUUAGUUUGCUUUACGUCAUUCUAUUAGUUUAUUAAAUGUUUUAAUGUCUUUGUGCAGCAGGAAAGCCUGGCUAAAGAGUGUCUAGAAUGGAAAGAGAUGAAAUAAAAUACAAAUUUUGUGCGUGAGACAACAUUUGUGUAUCCUGUGUGAUCAGAAAGCAAAAGUGUCACUGUCUCCGCCACCGGUAUAGAUGGUUUUUGAUUGUGAAGUACUUUGAAGUGUGGAAUUCUAGCUAAGCAAUGCUCAACCUGUUUAAGGAAAACAUUUCUGCAAGAAUGAGCUGAGUCUGUGAGGUUACAGAAAACACUGUGUUUCCUACGAUGCCAAGAUAAUGGGGAAUAAGUUACGUAGCAAGACCAGGAGAAGGGUAGUUUGGCUUGCAAGAAGUAAAGGAUGCCUAGAAACAUGGACUUCAUCCAGAUUAUUCAGCUUCAUGGACUUUUCCCAGCACAUGCACCUGACAUUGUUAGAUUGCACUCAAUAGUUAGACACUUCAAUUUAAGGAGCAAACAAGGAAAUGACUUGGGGAAGGAAACUAUGCUUUAUUGUAGGAACUCCAUUCUGCGAGAGGACAGUUACUCAGGGUGUGAAUCUAAUCCAGGCACAUCUUGGAAGAUUGAAAACGGACUCAUGGCAAGAAGAACUGGUGGAUAAGAACUGGAUGGCGAAGCGCUACACCCGUCAUCUCAAGACUGGACUACUGUAACUCCCUCUACAUUGGCCUUCCUGUGUCGGUGAUCCGGAAGCUCAAAUUGGUGCAAAGUGCAGCUGCUCGGCUUCUUACGGGAGUCCCGAUGAGAUGCCACACAACACCAAUCUUACUGCAGCUGCACUGGUUACCAAUUGAGCACCGGAUUGCUUUCAAAGUGAUGGUACUUACCUUUAAGGCCUUACAUGGUCUGGGGCUGAUGUACCUGAGGGACCGCCUUACCCCCUAUCAACCCCAGAGAGUCCUCCGUUCUGAGGACCAAGAUCUAUUGGAAGUUCCCAGUUUUAAGACCUUGCAUUUAACAACAACUAGACACAGAGCCUUUACAGCAGUGUCGCCUUCACUCUGGAACACUCUGCCACCUGAAAUCCCUGCCUUACGGGACUUGUUAGCCUUUCACAGGGCAUGUAAGACACACCUGUUUCGGCAGGCUUUUGAUUUCUGUUACUGCUAUUUUUAAAUUGUUCUAGAUUUUAGCCUGUUCUUGUAAGCUGCCCCGAGCCCUAGGGGAGUGGCGGCAUAUACGUCUGAAUAAUAAAUAAAUAAAUAAA